CCGAAAAUCUUCCCUAACCAAACCAAUGGCUUCCUCUAGCUCUGACCCAAACCCUAACAACGAUGAUGGUUUACAAUUGAAGCUACUAAUAGACACACACAGCAAAAGGGUACUAUUCGCCGAAGCCAACAAGGGCUUUGUCGAUUUCCUCUUCACAAUUUGCUCGUUGCCAAUUGCCACCGUAGUCAAUAUCCUCUCCAAGCAAUGCCAUGGUGGGUUCUUUUGGUAAGCUUUACCAGAGCAUCGAAAAUUUCAAUCCCGGUUACCUCCAACCCAAUCUCAGCAAAGAAACCAUAUUGAACCCAUUAAUCAUACACUAUUAAAGGGUAUUUCCUUAAAUCCUCUGUUUUUCAACAAUUCCCAAUCACAAGCCAAAACGCCUCAGAAACUGUAUAUGUGUCCGAGUACGGGAUAUGGGUGUGGUGGAAUCAAUGGAGAAGAGAACUGGUUGGCUUAUGAUGAAAACCAUCAUCGCCAUGGAUUCCAUAGGUAUGUGUCUGAUGACCCACAAGCAAACUGUCCUCAUUGCUACAGCAACAUCUCCGCUGAGGUCACUUUUGUUGCUGCUGACAAGAGUUUGUCCUCCUCUGCCUCUGGUGGUGAAAAAGGUUCAGAAGGUGGAGGGUAUGUGAAAGAUGGGGUUACUUAUAUGGUUAUGGAUGAUUUACAAGUCAAGCCUUUCCCACUUGUUUCAAGCUUAUCUAUGCUUUCCACUUUCAAUGUCAGAGACAAUGGUGCUCUGGUGGAGAAGACUGUUUCAGUUGGCAUCAGUUAGGUAUGAAUUUAAAUUCUGUGAAUUCCUUUAUCUUUCUGAAAGAUCUUUGAUUUACUGAAAAUAAAUAAUAAUAAUAAUGAUGAUAAUAAUAAUAAUAAUAAACAACCACAAUCAAUACAAAUGCUGAGCUGAUUUGGUAGUCUUGCCCCACUUACGAAUAAAUUUUCAUCUGAGAGUUUCAUCUUAGACAUUAUAUUUGAUGUUUUCUUGUAUUUUCAUGCUCAAUUUCUUUUCUAUUGCAAUUUUUUUUCCCCCCAAUAUUCCACCUCUUUUUGACUUGAGUUUUUGGUAGCAGAGCCUGGUUAGAACAAUUUUCACUGCCGUUUGUAUUCCAAUUAAAUCUUGCUGUGUCUAAUUCAUGUCCAUGUGGAUCUUCCUAUAUUCAAACCAAAUCUACCAUUGCUUGUCAUCCAGAGUUUUGCACAAGAAAAUCAUGUUUUUUCAUUGGCAAAACUCAAUUUAAGAUUCUGUUCCCGACACCCUUAAAAAAAAUAAAAAAAUUAUGACCCGCUAAAAUCCAACAUUCAUUAGGGCUUAUCAGUAUCUUGCUCACCAUACCCAAGUUGGCAUAUAUACAAUAUUAGCUAGCAUACUUCAUUGUUUCUAUUUAAGAGUUAAUUAUUACUAAAUUAGAGCUAAUCAAAUAAACUUCCUCAUUAGGGCCUGUUGCAUAUGUAAUUGAUAAUAUAAGUUACUACUUUCCUUUUCAAAUUGAUGGUUGUGCAUCUAUAGAAAUCCUCUCUUCCCUUAUACAUGUCCAACACAUAAAAUAUAUAUGGGAAAUUUUGCCUUUUAUUUAAAUAUUCAAUUUCUUUUCUUUUUGCAUUGUCCAAUUUUGCCAUCUCUUUUGUUAUAAGUUUUCAUUUUUUUUAUUUAAUAGACAGAGCUUAACAUUGCUGAGGGCAUCUUUGGAGACAGAGACUGUUCUUACUGAUGUCUUUCUAAAGAAAGUAUAGAAUAAAUUCGAUCAAUCAUAGCACCAAACGACAUUGUGAUUAGGCUUUUAUGAGUUGUCCCUUUUUUUUUUUUAAUUUGAC